UCUCAGAAAUCUAUUCAGGGGACAGAGUGGAGGUUGGACAGAAUGCACUCACUCUUCAUCCCUUCUCUAGUUCCGCCUCUGUCCUCCCCCCUCCCAUCCCCUGGCAGGGUCACUGGGAAUUCCUACUUGAUCCUUCACUGUCACCUCUAGUUGCUUCUCUCUCCCGACCUUCCCUCUCCCCUCUUGGUCCCAUGACAUCUUUUCCCUGAUUCCUUUCCUCUUCUCUGACUGUGCCAUCUCCAUCUCACACAAGGAGACUGAGUCCCCAGAACUCUGUACCAGCCUCUGGCUGCUUUCUGCAUCACCCUACAGCUCAGCUCAUCCACGCUGGUGCUUGCAAUCCAACCUCCGCCUUGAAGACAGUCACAAAUCCCUGUCAGAUCCAGAUGGUCCUGAGUGUCCUGCUCUCCCCCUUCCCAGGCCACUCCCACCCAAGUCACCUGAGUCAAUAUGCUGGAAGUGACUUCAGACAUCUCUGUAUGUCACCCCACACUUCCCAUGACUUGGUGAGUUUUGAAAACUUGAAUUCCUGAAAAUGUCUCAAAUCCCUCUCUUCCUCCAUCCCCAUGGCUGCAGCCCCACCUUAGGCCUCCAUUCUUGCUCUCACCUGGAAUGAGUGAGACCUGGACAGGACCAGCCCCCUCUCUGGACUGGCAGCUUCCAUUUUCUCCUCCUCCACCUGCCAGAAUUUGGACCCCAGACCUGACCCUCUUACUUCCCCGAUCAGAACCCUCCCAGGGCCCCCUGUGAACCUUAGGGGAGAGGCUGAGAGCAUCAUCUUGUGGAAGCCUCCAGGUGGUCAGACCUAUGCGUGUCAGCCCCCUGCAUGGUUCACACAUCAAGGUCCUCCUCCUGGGAUGGUCCCUCCUGUGUCUAGACAUGGCCAACUCUUCCUCAGACGUCCAUUUCCCAUCCUGCAUCCUCCAGUUGCCUCUCCUUCCCCCACCUCACUUCACGAUCUUCACCCUGCUCAGCCCUUGCUUGCAAUGCUGUCUCAGGAACACUAUUCUCCAUUCCUGUGUCUGUGGGAGGGCAGAGGGAGAGAGGGCUUCUCAGCCCUGCCCUAUGGCUCUCUCUGUCUCCCUAGUCCCAGAGGUCCUGGGCAAUACCACCUCCCUGCGAGUCCAGGAGGGCCAGUCUCUUCGCCUGGUCUGUGACACUGACGGCAACUACCCUGCCAGGCUGAGCUGGUCCCGGGGAAGCCUGACUCUGAUCCCCACGCAGCCUUUGGAUCCCGGGGUCCUGGAGCUGCCCCGGGUGGUCUUAGGGGAUGGAGGAGAAUUCACCUGCCGAGCUCAGCACCCUUGGGGCUCCUACCACAGCUCUGUGACCCUGGUUGUUCAGGGUAUCUCCUGCUCCUGCCCCCACAUCUCUGGGGAGCAGCGGGGCACCUGGCCUCUAGUCCUCACCCUGCUCAGGGGGGUCCUAAUGGGGGCUGGCUUCCUUCUCACCUAUGGCCUCACCUGGAUCUACUACACCAGGUUCAGAGGCUCCCAAGGGGACAGUGCUUCAAGGCGUGACUGAGCCCCCUUAAAUCGAAUUACAGUUCAUGUAAUAUGUUGCUCUUGUCUGCUUACCUUCAUGUGGUUAACAUAUUGUUAUAAAUCCCAUGAUAUUUUAUUUUUACAAGUUUAUUUUAAAGAGAUAUUUUUAAUGAGAAAAUAAACUCUUUAAUAUGGAUCCACA